AUGCGCAUCACUAUCGAUGGUCACCAAGUGACCACACGCGAGAGCUUAAAAUACCUCGGGCUGCAACCGGACAGCAAGUGGUCGUUUUCAGCUCAUGCCAAAGCAAUUGCGGCAAAACCUGGCAAAGUCGUCCAAAAUUUGUCUAAAAUAAUGCCCAAUAUAAGCGCUGCAAAAUCGCGGAAGAGGAAGUUACUCAGCAAUGUGGUGCACUCUAUCCUGUUGUACGGCGCUCCGAUAUGGGCACAGGAUAUGAGUAAGACAGGUUGGACUACGCUGCUGAAAAUACAAAGAAGGAUCUGCCUGAGAGUAGCUUCGGCAUACUGCACGGUAUCCAGCGAUGCCGCAGGAGUCAUCACAUGCAUUGCCCCACUGGACCUCAUGGCUAACGAAAGAAGAAACAUGUAUGAACUCAGAGGUAACACAAUAAUCCAACACGCCGAAGACACGCUGAUAGCUUAG